GCUUUCUGGUUUUCUUUCACGUUUAUGAAAAUUCUAUGCCACCUCGGUAACCAAAAGAUAAUUAUUCCACUUCAAAUAUCCAAAAGAUGUCUAGCCAACCCCCAUCUAUGCCAAAUUUGCCAAAUCCUGAGGCUAUCUUUGAGUCUUGGUGGCCUAUCAUUAUUGGUAUAGUUGGAGGGGUAGCCUAUGCUCUCAGACAGUACAUGAGAGGCGCUCGGUGUAUCAGCGAAUUAAAACUUGAUGAUAAAGUUGCCAUAGUAACAGGAGGAGGGUCAGGAAUGGGUAAAUACCUGGCCAUCGACUUAGCUAAAAGAGGGUGUAAGGUUUAUACGACAGCACGUACACAGGAGCAGGCACAGGCCACAGAGAAAGAAAUACGAGAGACCAGCAAGAGUGAACUGGUCCACUGUCUUGUAUGUGAACUAGACAAAUUCUCCUCAGUCAAAAGUUUUGUCUCAGCAUUCAAAAAAAAGGAGGACCAUUUAAAUUAUCUGAUCCACAAUGCCGGGGUUAUGAUGUGUGAGUACAACAAAACGGAGGACGGAUUUGAGGAACAGUUCCAGGUCAAUUAUCUCUCUCCCUUCCUGAUGACCAGCCUGCUUCUAGACUACCUUAAGGAUUCUACACCGAGCCGUGUUCUCCUGACAGUGGCCCCUGCCUAUAACCUGGGCUCACCCCCUUUUACCGACUGUCCCCCUCAGGACAAGUACAACCCUGGGGAUGCGUACGCCCAAAGCAAGCUGGCCCUUGUGUUGUUUGGUGUCACACUAGCAGAGAAACUCAAAGAUGACAACAUUCAUGUACACUGUGUUCUACCCGGGGUGGUCAAUACAAAGAUUUAUCGCCAUCUUCCAUUCAGAAAGAGUGCAUUCGUUAGUCUAUCGUUUGCUCCGUUUAUUUGGUUCCUGAUGAAGACCCCAGAAGACGGAGCACAGACAACUCUGUAUGCCCUCCUCUCGGAGUCUGCGGGGAAGACUUCCGGAAAAAUCUACAAGGAAUGUGCAGAGGUUGAGUUUACAGACAUUGUGAAAAAUGAGGAAUUACGGGAUGUACUGUGGAAAUAUACGUUAGAAUGGACAAAAGUGAAGGAGUUUGGACAGUAACUGGUCAUGAUAAACAUCGAAACAGAAAACUGGAGAUUGUUCAGCUAAUGCAAAUUAAACUGCCAUAAAUCACUUCACAUAUUAUACAGCUGACACAUAUAAACCUUUAUAAAGGAGAAACAUUUAUAUAUAAUGGAUAGAAGUAAAAAAGUAGCAUAAUAUUUCAUAGAGUACAUGUAACAAUGAUAUGUAAUUUUUAUACUGUGUACUUGAGUAAAAUAUGUAAUUUACUUAUAUGUAUUCAACAGUUGUGCUUCCAAAGCUUAUUUUUAUAAA